AUGGACCAAGGGCUCCCACAAACCCCUCCACCUUCCACCGCCGCCACCACUACCACCCUCCUCGGCAAAUACCAAUUGGGCCGGAUAUUGGGGCGCGGAAGCUUCGCCAAGGUCUACAAGGCCCAAUCCCUCGUGGACAAUACCGCCGUCGCCAUCAAAAUCAUCGACAAAACCCAAAUCGACGCCGUCAUGGAGCCUCGGAUCCUCCGAGAAAUCUCCGCCAUGCGCCGCCUCCAUCACCACCCCAACAUCCUCAAAAUCCAUGAGGUCCUCGCCACCAAGUCCAAAAUCUACCUCGUCGUCGAGCUCGCCACCGGCGGCGAGUUAUUCGCCAAAAUCUCGCGCCACGGUAAAUUGCCGGAGUCCCUGUCCCGCCGGUACUUCCAGCAGCUCGUCUCGGCCCUGCACUUCUGCCACCAGAACGGCGUCGCUCACCGCGACGUGAAGCCCCAGAACCUUCUGCUUGACAAGAACGGGAACUUAAAAGUCUCGGAUUUCGGGCUCUCGGCCUUGCCCGAUCAGCUCAAAGACGGGCUGCUGCAGACGGCCUGCGGAACCCCCGCGUACACGGCGCCCGAGGUGGUUUACCGGCGCGGCUACGACGGCUCCAAAGCCGACGCGUGGUCCUGCGGUGUUAUCCUCUUCGUCUUGCUCGCCGGGCGCCUACCGUUCGAAGACAGCAAUUUGGCUGCCAUGUACAAGAAGGUUCAGAGGCGAGAGUACGAGAUUCCGGGUUGGAUUUCGAAGCCGGCAGGUCGGAUCAUAUACCAACUGCUCGACCCGAACCCGAACACGAGGUUGGGGAUCGAGGCGCUGAUGGAGAAGGCGUGGUUUAAAAAAUCGAUGGAGUUGGGGCUGACGGGCGCUUUCGAACCGGAAGAGGAGAAGUCGAAAUGCGACGCCGUACCGUGCGGGAUGAAUGCAUUUGAUAUAAUCUCGAUGUCGUCGGGAUUGGAUCUGUCGGGGCUCUUCGAGGUGGAGAGCCGGAUGGAGAGGCGGUUCACGGCUGAGGCGGCGGCGGAGACGGUGGUGGAAAAAGUGGCGGAAGUUGGGGAGAGGUUGGGGUAUAAAGUGAAGAAAGGGAAGAGCGGUGUGAAUGUAGGGUUGGGGAAGCGAGGGAAGGGGGUGAUGACGAAGGUGGUUAUGGCUGUUGAGGUGAAGGAGGUUGCGCUGAGUUUGGUGUUGGGGGAAGUGAAAAUGGCGGAGGGUGGCGGGGUCGAGCUUGAUCAGGAGGCUAGGCUUUGGGAGGAGUUGAGAGCUGGGUUGCAGGACUUUGUCGUUUCGUGGCAUGACGUCGUCGUUUGA